AAAUGAAGUUGAAACAGCGCUUCAGUACACAGUUCAAACCUGGCAUUUGCUGACGACGCUGACUACAUUUGAUUCUCCAAAAAAACGAGCGCUGCCGACUUUGUUGUUGUUGUCUCCGUCACGUCACGCCAAGCAACCCAGCGCAGCGCAGCGCACUCCCCCACCCUGCCCUGCUCAGCCACUGCCCAUAGUAUUGUGAAAUCGAAGGCAAUCGAGAAUGUCAUCGCUGUCCCAGUGGUGGAUCGCAUCGCUGCUCUGUCUCUGUCUGUGCCUGUGCCUGGUGCCCUUUGGCGAGGCCAUCGAGUGUUAUGUGUGCGACACGAGCGACACGGAGCAUCCCUUCCAGUGCGGCGAGUGGUUCGAGCGGUACGAUCAGCCGGACAUCCAGCCGCAAAACUGCUCCAGCGUCCAUGGGGCCCAGUUCUGUGUGAAGCAUGUCGGCCGCUUCGAGGGCGGCAUUGGUGCGAAGCGCUUCUGCAGCUCCAAGGAUCUGGGCAACUACUGUGACUACGUGCGGAACAAGGGUGACCGCAUGGACUAUCGUAGCUGCAUUUAUACCUGCGACUCUGAUGGGUGUAAUGGCGCCGUUUCACAGCUGACGAGGCCCUUUGGCAACGGUAAAUGGGGUGUGGCCGGCCUGAUGCUUGCGCUCUGGCUCAUCUGGCAACGCUGAAGCUGCGGAGAGGCGAGAGAGAGUCUCUACCAAACUGAAAGAAACAGAGAGCUAGAGAGAGAGGAGAUCGCGAACAAAGAAGCUACUCUGUUUCCGCUUCUUCUACACGUUGUGCAUCGUUUAGUUUUUUUUUUUUCGUAGUAGUUAAGCAUGUAAAUUGUAAGUUGUAA